AUGGCCACGCACGGAACGGUUUCUCCAACGGUUCCAACGAUUCUGUUGAACUCGAACAACAACUCAUUCUCAUCGCCUUCAACGGCGACACAUUCUCGAUCCCAGACGCCAACUUUGAGAUCGGUAUCGAUUGACCCCAGAGGUAGAACAUUGUCACCGCAUUCGAAGGCAAAUGGUGGCACAUCGGCCCUUAGUCCUGGUAAUACAGGGGGUACUUCAACUCCGAAAAGCAAAGCUCUGGAGAAGGAAGCAACCUACAGGGAUAUCUUUGUCACGAUAAAUGAAGGGACACUGAAGGCUAAGACACAGACACUCAAGCCAUCGGUGUCGUUCGACACUGUUUCCGUGAGCUAUUCCAAAGAUGGCCGUGAGGAUUUCCAUUUAUCUAGUGAUGACGACGAUGACGCCAAUGACGAGUUUUCCCCGGAAGGUAGAGGAAGACCAAACUUCAGCAAGGAUAGAUCACCUUCACCGUUCAGUGGCGGCCGUUCACCUUCACCAGGUGGCAGUCUGUUCUCUCAGUGUGCCAUUGAAAGAUCGGCUGGUAUACAGUUCGAUUCCAGAGGCUUCAGAAUCGAUUACCCUUCCCACAGUGCGGUCACAAAGGACUCAUACACACGUACUUCAGAGCAUCCGGAUUACAUGGAGUAUGUCAAGACGAACCUGGGGAGAACCCUACUGGUUUACAUCUCAGGAAGAAGACAUACGUGGGUGUGUUUGGAUUAUGUCAUUGCCAAACUACUUCGAGAUGGUGACCACCUUGUUGUGAUUAGUAGGAUUCCUUCGGCUUUCAAAGAUGGCUUGGUCAAAGAUCACCAUUCUGGUGAAGUGGACUCAGCUCCGUUCAACGCCAAAUCUCAAAGGAUUCAAAAAUACAUCAAGUGUCUGCUAAAGGGCAACCCAAUUGUGAAAAUCACAGUGGACCUGUACUUGGCACGUACCACUAUGGGUGUUAUCAACGAGGCGAUGCAUAUUUACUAUCCUAGCAUGAUUUGCGUUGCUCAGAAGCCCAACUUCAGAUUCUCACAGUCUUCUCAUUCUUGGUCAACUUCAAGAAUGUCCGCAAGGCUCUUUAAGAAUUCACAUAUACCUUUGGCGAUUGUAUCUUCGAUGAAGAUGAACAAAUUCGAAGUUGAGUUAUUCAACAGUAUAUCUGAAAAGAACGAUUGGCAUUUAGAAAAUGCCGAAGCGUUGAAGAUUAAACUACAACUCCUCAAUGCUUCUUCCACGCCGAGUGCGUCUUUUGUAUCGCAUUCUACAAAAGGCUACCAAAGCGAUACGAGUGACAUUGAAUCUGACGAUGAUAACGAGAAAACCGAUAGCUCCUCGAUGACUAGUGAUGAUUCAAGUAUUCUGUCCGAUCCUGAAGAUGAAGUUCAAAGGGUAUUGAACGAAUUCCAAGAGUCUUUAACAUCUUAUAUGGAUAAAAGUGACAAGUCCAAGAUCAAGCCGACAACCUUUAUCGAUCGCUUGAACAAGUUGAGUGAUGCCAGUGGUGUUUUAAGUGCUCAACUUGAAGAAAUCUCUCAGAGUGAAAGAGGUGAUGAGCUUGUUCGUACUGUUACCAUGAUGCCACAGAUGGUGAAACAAAAAUCGAUGUUGGAUGUGUUAGAAACAGAUGCUGGUGUCUCCAAUAAGAUCAAAUCGCAGCUCAUGGGCAAAACAUCUUCACAGCCGACUUCGAUCAAGUUUGACAGUAAUGCGUUGAGUCCUCGUGGCUCGAAGCACCUUUCGCCCUUGAGGAAAGUCCAAACCACACUGAUUUCACCAAGUAGUUCACAGCGUCGUCAUAGCGCACAUGAACUGGAACCUAUGAGAUCGCAUCAAGUGAUGUCCAAGAGCUUUAGUGAAACCAAAGUCCCAACGAUGAAUGAAAAGAGCGAUGAAGAUGAUAAAAAGGUGAAGCGCCGUGGAUUUUUCAAGAAGAUUUUUGGUAAAUGA